AGAGAUACACUCCGUUCCAUCCGACCUGGGGCCGCAGAGCUGGGCGGGUUUCCCCCUCCUCCACUCCCCGAGAGCCGGGGCCCGCCUUUUGCAGGGUUCCCAGGCCCCAGCUCCAGGGCCGGGCUGACCCGACUCGCUAGCGCUUCAUGGAGAACUUCCAAAAAGUGGAAAAGAUCGGAGAGGGCACGUACGGAGUUGUGUACAAAGCCAAAAACAAGGUGACGGGAGAAGUGGUGGCGCUUAAAAAAAUCCGCCUGGACACUGAGACGGAGGGUGUACCCAGUACUGCUAUACGAGAGAUCUCUCUGCUUAAGGAGCUUAACCACCCUAACAUUGUCAAGCUGCUGGAUGUCAUCCACACGGAAAACAAACUCUACCUGGUUUUUGAGUUGCAUCAGGAUCUGAAGAAAUUUAUGGAUGCCUCUGCUUUGACUGGCAUUCCUCUUCCCCUCAUCAAGAGCUAUCUGUUCCAGCUGCUCCAGGGCCUAGCCUUCUGUCAUUCUCAUCGGGUUCUGCACCGAGACCUCAAACCUCAGAAUCUGCUUAUCAAUGCAGAGGGGGCCAUCAAGCUAGCAGACUUUGGACUAGCCAGAGCCUUUGGAGUCCCUGUUCGUACUUACACCCACGAGGUGGUGACCCUGUGGUACCGAGCACCUGAAAUCCUUCUGGGCUGCAAGUACUACUCCACAGCUGUAGAUAUCUGGAGUCUGGGCUGCAUCUUUGCUGAGAUGGUGACCCGCCGGGCCUUAUUCCCUGGAGAUUCUGAAAUUGACCAGCUUUUCCGGAUCUUUCGGACUCUGGGGACCCCAGAUGAAGUGGUUUGGCCAGGAGUUACUUCUAUGCCUGAUUAUAAGCCAAGUUUCCCCAAGUGGGCCCGGCAGGAUUUUAGCAAAGUUGUUCCUCCCUUGGAUGAAGAUGGACGGAGCUUGCUAUCGCAAAUGCUGCACUACGACCCCAACAAGCGGAUUUCGGCAAAGGCAGCUCUGGCUCACCCUUUCUUCCAGGAUGUGACCAAGCCAGUACCCCACCUUCGACUCUGAUGUCUUUCCUCCAGCCCCUACCCCAAGUCUUACCCUCUCCUCCAGAGGGCCCUCAUUUGGCUUGGCCCUGGGCUAUUUGCCCUCUGUUCUGGUCUGGCUGCCUUCACACCUACCUCCCCCUCUUAGCCAGCCAACUCGGGAUAUAAGGGGUAGAGGGGAGAAACAGGUGAAAAUGAAAGGAAGCUUCAGUAUUAGAUGCACUUAAGUCCCUCUACCACCCUCUCCCCCUCCUCUUAGUCAUUGCUGAGGAAGGCUGGUAUUUAAAAAAAAAAAAAAAAGGACUGACUCUUUCUCUCACCCCGCCCCCCACAUAGGGUUUGCCAUCCCAAUCUCUGAAAGCCCUGAAAUUAUUAUUUCCUGUGUUUAAGAUGACAGACACAUCAAUCCUUCUGCGGCCACUGUGUAAGACCAACUGAUAGCAGAGGACCUAAGUUGGAACUUUUGAAAACCAAGCAAAACAAAAACAUAGGGAGGGCCCUGUUUUAAAGAAUUAGGUUAAAAAAUAGACCAGCCAGUUUAUACCCUAGUUAUAGUGUUUCAUCUCACCUAACAGUCUAGGAGACUCAAGACUCCCAGUCUCUGUAGCCCUGAUGGGACUACAGUAGAAAUGAUUGCCCCUAGUCCCCCUAUCUGUCCCUCCUAUGGGCAAGAGGUGUCUAGGAAACUCUAGGACAGGGACUGUGCUUUACCGUGGCCUUAUGAGGCAAGGAAAAGUUGUCUGAAUGUUUCUCUUCCUUUUAAGAUUCUUAGUUCUUAAUGUCCUAGGUCCCAUCUUCCUCUGAAGGCCAACCCCCACGGGAGUGGAAAUUAGGGUUUAGACAUCAUUUUGAGAAUGCUGACACUUUUUUAGGGCUGGGACUGAAUGAGGGCAUUGGGAAAAUUUUUUUCUUUAAAAGAAGGAUGAACAAUUAUAUUUAUAUUUCCUUCAGGUUAUAGUCGUUUUUUAAGUGGGAAUGGGUGGAUGUGUUACCAUGUGCACCUUGGGAUUUUGUAAUGCAAAUGUUUAAAAAGAGUAUUUUUUCCUUUUUAUGGUUUUGUCUCUCCUUCUCCCACCUCUUCAAGUGUUCUUGCUAUUAACGUUAUUUGUAAUUUAGUUUGUAAUCAUUAAAAACAAAAGUUCCUA